AUGGGAAUGUGUCAGCCAGGAAGUGUUAGAAUAUCUCAACUUUUGAAUCAACUGUGCAGUGAAUCCCAGAACGAAAAUAUCCUGACUCGGGAUGCUUGCUAUGGGUGUUUUUUUCGAGCAACCAAUAAACCAUCCGGAUAUCCAAUGCUUCUGUCAAUGUCUUCGUGUGCUGAGCUUUAUCUUGGCGACAGCGAUUAUGGACACUGCCAAGAAUACUUGAAAAAUGCAGUAGCCAACUCGGAAUUGAAUUCCAGUCCUGCUGUUAUUUAUUGUACAUUUUUGGAAUGUGUCCGGCAAGUCAACAAGGACUCUUUGGAGGCUCUGAUGAGCUUGAGGUACGAGAAAUCUAGGGCAAGUAGAUCUGGUGUACCGUCAAAAAUCAAAUCAGCCACGCGCAUCUCAGUUGGGUUUCACUUUGUACGUAGGGCUAUUCAGACCUGUAUUAGAGAGUCCCUUGAUAUGUUUGAUAAUUUUACGGCAAGUGACAUGAAACUUGCCCAACUGGUGGUAAAUACAACAGCCUGUAUUCUCGCAAAGACUAGGUGUGGAUCAAUGAAUCCGAUUACAGGAGCUUACAAGGCAUCCAAUACAUCAACCAAAUAUUCAAUAAUACCGACUAUAAAUGCCAUACUUGUAAACACUGAUUACAAUAUAAAUAUUAUUCAAAUGCCAUUUGGUCACGGUGUCAUUGACGAAUGCGCCAAGUAUAGAAAUAUUGAACAAGCAAGCUGGCCAAAUCUUCAAUGUUAA